AUGGUUGGGAAUUUAUUGAACUUGGGCAUAAAUAUUCCCCACAACCAUUUUGGUCAUGGUGGUAAAUUUCUGGCGAUUUCCAUCCCUGUUCUAACUCUGUCUGGUACCUUUUUGGUGCCCUUGUUGAUGCAGAAAUGGUAUGGAAUAGACGAUCUGGAGCUGUUUCUGAACACUCGCCAAAAGUCAGGUUUGAAGCGGUUUUUUCGCAGAUAUUACAAUAUGGUGACUAGUCUAAAGGCUUCCUGGUUUGGAAGAAAGAUUUUGCGAUACAAGCCAGAAUAUGGUGGCCGGGUCAAAGAGCUCAUUAUCUAUCCCAUCAAGUCCAUAUCCCAGGGUCUUCAUGUGAAAUCAUGGGAGAUCAGUGCUCAUAGUGUGAAAUAUGACAGGCAAUAUGCGUUGGUGAUGCGUAACCCUAAGUUGCCUGAUCAAUGGGUUGUUCAGAACCAUCUUCAACAGACCAAGCUGGGCAUUGUGAGGAUUGAGUUUAUCCGGAACGAGCAGUCUGAGGAACUAGAUGGUACUUUUGUUUUCACUUACCCUCUGAAACAUGAGUCUGGACCAGACUUUGUUGGAAAGUCUUUCUCUUUGCCUGCUAAGGUUACUCCUGAAUACUUGAGAUCGGUUACGGGAACUGACGAGGAAAACCUGCCAAUCAGGAUUUGGCUCAAAGACAUGAUGACCAUCGACAUUACUGCCGCAUUACCCAAAGACUUCGCCGAGGAGCUGGAACUGCCAGCGGAGACAAGACUGGUUUAUUCUUUAAGCGGCAAGAGUGUAGAUGCUAAUGCUCCCCCAAAGCUUGAAGAUACGGCUAAGAGGAUGACCCUAUUCCAAGAUUACUACCCAGCGUUGAUGAUAACUAAGGAAGAUGUGGAUGAUUUGCAGCAAAAAAUUCGCAAUGCCGGAUCAGACUUUCAAAUUUCGUCUUCGAGUUUUCGUGCAAAUAUUGUCUUGGAAGAUACCCCCAGGGCUUUUGAUACAGAUAUGUGGUAUCUAUUCAAUAUCAUUCAUACAGACCCCGAGACGAAGGAGGAGACCAAGAGAUUAUGGAGGGGAAGUUUGAAAUGUAUGAGGUGCAAUAUUCCGAAUGUCUCGCUUAAGACGGGGGAACUCGAUCCAAAAUCUGUGCCAACGAAAUUGAUGUCCAGGUAUAGGAGAGUGGAUGAAGGUGUUCCGUUUAUCUCUUGCUUCGGCAUUUACGUGACGCAGUACGAUUCGGGCUAUACCAUUACAGCUGGGGACAGGGUUGAAAUAGUGCAGAGAAAGUCACAGUUUGUGGAUGACAAUCCAUUUGUUCUGCCUAAGGGGCAGAAGAAGAAGCCUGGUGAUUGGGAUUUAGGUGACAUUCCUCAGAAUUGA